AUGGACGACGACGCCAGCGGCGACACCACAAACCCCCUGAACGUCGAGUCGAACCUGACCGAGCCGCUCACGGGCGCCGACGAGGUCGUGCUCGACGGGCGCACCCGAGGCCCGUCGGUAGACGACGACGCGCUCUACGCGGUCCUGAGCCGGCGGCGCGCCGUGGGCCUCAUGGUGACGCGGUGGAUCUACGUCUGCUCCGCGGGGCUCGCGCUCGCUUUGGGACUCCCGGCGAUGAUCUACUCCCUGGCCGUGUCGGACGCCGAAGGCCGCGCGUACCUGCUGCCCGUCUCCGCGACCUUCGCGGGCGCGGCCGUGCCCGUGGCGUUGUACGGGGUCUACACGCACGUGAACAACUACUGGCGGCCCGUGCUGCAGGUCUACGUCACGAGAAUUUUAUGGAUGGUCCCCGUCUACGCGGUGUGUUCGCUCGCGGAGCUCGUGCUGUGGCUCGAGGUCGAGCAGGGCUGCGGCGAGUGCCGGCGGUGGACGGCCGUGCCCGGCGCGCUGCGGGACUGCUACGAGAGCUACACGGUGCUGAACUUCUUCUACUUCAUGGUCACGUUUUUGGAGGUGCACUACGGGGGCGCGGCGGAGAAGGUGCUGCGCGAGGGUAUCACGAAAAACUCGUCGGCGGACGACGACGACGACGACGAGGACCUGGCCGUGCCGCACCCGUGCCCGCCGUACCGCUGGUUCUGCAGCCCCUGGCGCCUGGAUUCGCCCGAGUUCCUGGGCCAGUGCCGCUACGGCGUGCUGCUCUACGCGACGAUCAUGCCCCUGUGCGCCGCGGUUUAUAUUGUUUCGGCCUUCGCCGGCGGCGACAACAACUACGACGACGACGACGCGGCGGACCGCGACGAGGCGUCGCUCCGCGGCGCGCUCGCGUCGCCGAGCUCCUGGGCCUACUUUGUCGCGUUCAACACGGCGAACCACGCGAUCUACUGCCUGGGCCUCUUCUUCUACGCGGCCCACGAUUUACUGUUGCCCUGCCACCCCCACGGCAAGUUCGUCGCCGUCAAGGGUCUGGUCUUCGGGACCUUCUUCCAGGAUUUAGGCAUCGACGCGGUCUUCUACUGCUCGCCGGGGCUGGCGACGAAGUUCGGCGCGACGCAGGACGACGCGACCGCGGCUUUGGGCGCGCUCAAGUGCACGCUCAUGUGCGUCGAGAUGCUCGCCUUCGCGCUGCUCCACGCGCACGCCUUCCCGGCGUCGCAGUACCCGCGCGUGCGCCUCGAGUCGCCGGAGGACGCGGAGAACCCGUCGACCUCGUGGCUCGCCGCGUGGGGCGACUACUACGCGCAGCAAAAACGGGAGCGGCGCCUCGCGCGCGCGCGGGGCCUGCCCCGGCCCAACGACGGCUUCUCGCCCGCGGCGACGCUCUUCGACGUCACGGACGUGCGCCGCGACACCGCGGCGACGGCGCGCGGCCUCGCGACGGCGCCGCUCCGCGUCGUCCGCAACGCGCGGUCCGCGCCCGCGCUCGCCCAGUUCAACCGGCUGAGCCUGGGCCGCAUGACGGCCCAGGCGGCCCAGCGCGCCGCGGGCAGCCCGCGCGCGGCCGCCGAGCUCCGGCUCGCGGGCGGCGACCCGGCGCCGCCGCCGCCCCCGCCGCCGCCGCUCCAGGGCUCGCCGGGGCGGCGCUGCGACUACGAGAGCGACGGCGGCGAGACCGCGACCCUCGACGAGCGGGACAUCGAGGCCGAGUUCGAGGCCGUCACGCGCCUGCUGGAGCAGGAGACGCGGCGAAAUGACCGGCGCAGCGACGACGGCCUCACGCGCGAGGUCGCGGACGCCGCGGCGAAGCGGAAGCAGCUCCAGACGUCCUUCCUCACGGACUUCGACCGGCCGCCGAGCCGCGAGCUCUACCCGAACUACAACCACGAGGUGCGCCGCAAGGAGGACGAGUCGGCGCCGGACUCGCGGGGCAGCGUCUUCUCCGACAAGUCGUCGCGCGCCUGGGCCGCGCUCGUCAACCCCGGCGCGCGCCGGUCCAUCCGCGAGCAGAACCUCGCGCGCCAGGAGGCGAACCUCCGGCGGAGCCGGUCCCUCCUCUGA